GUAAGAUCGUUUGUGUUCUUGCGAUCACUCUGUAGCGUUUUAAAAAAUUAAACAUGGCCUCGAACCGAGGAAUUCAGAUUGGAUCCGCGUGGUUUCAACGGAAACUGAACUUGAGGCCGCAGCACCGGGGCGUGCACCUCGUCACCGAGGAGAUCCUCAAGCAGGUGCCGGAGCUCUCGCAGUUUGCAGUCGGCCUCUGCCAUAUCCAGAUAAUGCACACAUCGGCAAGUCUUGCGCUCAACGAGAGCUGGGAUCCUGAUGUUAGAGACGAUAUGGAGAUGAUGCUCAAUAAAAUAGUGCCGGAGGGCUUGCCUUAUCGACACUCCUGUGAAGGUCCUGACGACAUGCCUGCCCAUGUGAAAGCAUGCUUCCUUGGGUCCUCACUAACAAUACCCAUCACUGAUGGCAAGCUAAACCUUGGCACCUGGCAAGGAGUUUGGCUCUGCGAACAUAGGAAUCACGCUGGCAGCCGAAAGGUGGUAGUGACGCUGUCAGGGUGCCCCCGUGACUCACCCCUGUCACCUGUAUCGGCCGCGUCGUGUUCCAGUUAGGAAAGGGGGGGGGGGCGCGACCCCCCAGACUCACUCUCAUUCGCG